CGCAACCCCUGACCCAGAUCAGUCUGACAGGGGUCCCGUGCGGCGGCUGGUGGGACUGUGGGGAUUUGACCGAUGGGGUAAACGCUAUUUUCGCAUCGAAACUUCUUGGGGCUCGAGUUUGAGACGAAUUGAGCCCAGCUUCAAAGGCGCGACAGCACGUACGUACAUAAGGUAGUACAGUACAUGGGAUAGCUACCUGAUCCAUAUCUACAGAAACAGUCUCGCCAUGAUCCUCCGGACAGUCCCGAGCAGAACAGCGACCUGCCUCUUGUGCCAAUCGCGGUCCUUUUCAGUAUCGUAUCGCCGGCUCGCCGACAAAACACCAAAGCCGCGACCAGCAGCUGCGCCAGUCGCCGCUCCACCAAACACGGCCUCGUCGCCUGCCGCCACACCAGCAGCAAAGGUGGCAAGCCAGGCUGCUGAAGAUGCCCCCAAGGAUACCGGGCCGCUCGCAUUUGCGCCCCGCGCCUAUGGCCCUUCCGUCAAGGAGUUCACGCCGACGGCCUUGACGCGCCCCAUCGGCAUGCCCUCGACCCCGAGCGCCGGCGAGAACACGGGCAUCGACCCCCGCAGUCUGAAGCAGCGCCGCGACGACUUUGUUGACUACAAGAAGCACCUCGCCAAGCGAGAACAGCUUAAAUCUAAGCUGGCACGGCCGUACUUCCGCGACUGGAGCAACAUGCAGUUCCACAAGGGCAAGACGUUCCUGGCGCCGCCGCGGCCGUUCAAGGCCGACCUGUCGCUGUACUUUCCCAACCUGCACGGGCGGACGCUCUCCAAAGCACCCGGGGCGGACGCGGCUAACACCACGCCCGUGCUCGAGGGCCGCGCCUCGGUCGUGACGGUCUUCAGCAGCCUCUGGGCCGAGAACCAGGCGCGCACCUUCACGUCGCCCGAGGCGAACCCGGCACUGCACGCCGCGCUGGCCUCUGCCGGCGGCCGCGCCCAGCUAGUGCGCGUCAACGUCGAGGAGGACGUCUUCAAGGCCUGGCUAGUGCGCCUGUUCAUGGGGUCGAUGCGCCGCAAGACAGCCCCCGAGGACUGGGGCCGCUACUUCCUCGUCAGCCGCGGCAUCUCCAACGAGAUCCGCGAGUCCAUCGGCGUCCUCAACAGCAAGGUUGGCUACACGUACCUCGUCGACCACGAGUGCCGCAUCCGCUGGGCCGGUAGCGGUAACGCCGAGCCCGGCGAGCGCGAGGGCCUCGUCAAGAGCCUCUACAGGCUGCUCGACGAGAUGGCCAAAGAGGGCAUCGGCGCCAACUAUGUACGCAAACCCGUGGUCGCUGCCGCCGCCGCCGCUGUUGCUGCGAAGAGGGGGGUUGCGGGGGCCGCCUAAGGCUUUCAUGGACGGCCGUUUCCUUGUUGUUGCCGUGUACAAAUGUGUGUAUACCUACCUACCUUGUGUGUAUUAAUGUGAGUGGCGCGAUACCCCUAGUUCCUGUCCAUAGAAUACACCAUAUCUAUCAUCCACUCCGAUUAUCAUCAUGGCGUUGGCUUUACCACGCGAGUAUCUUGGUCGUUGAAUCAUGAGUAUUAGAGAAAGGUACACUAGAAUAAUAAUCUCGUUCUUGCAAUGUAUUUAAGUACAAGUACAUAACAUCUCGUCAAUAUCCAAAGUGCCCAAAGUAGUUAACUACCUAGGCAAAUGAACCCCAGAUGGGAACAUCAAACACGCCUUGCGCCUCUAGGGUACUUUCGUGAUGUGAUGAGGUUUCGAUAAAGACAUCAAUGUGUAUC